AAUGUAUAUCAAUCUCACAUAAAAUAAUAAGCCUUGGUGGACUCAUACAUCACUUGUACCAACAGAAACUUAAAAUAAAGUAUUCAAUUUAGUGAAUGGAUAAUCCAGUUUCUAGAAUAAGGCAACACUACUUACCACUUAUUUGAGUUUGGAAGCAGUCAAUAGAAUAGGUCCAGUAAAGAAAUUAGCUAUUUAUUAUAAAGCUGGAAUUGUUGGUGCAAUAUUUUUAGGAACAAGGUAAUUAAAUAUAAUAUAGUAUUAUUAGAUUUGCAUCUGGAAAUUAUUAUGCAAAAAGUAUACAAACAGAGAUUGGUAGAUUACUUGAUGGUGCUCCUGUUUGGGAAAAUAAGUUUGAUGUACCAGAAUUGGAUAAAAAAUUCUUUUUUAUUGAUGAUGAUAAUAAUUUCGAACCUUCUUUAUGGCAUCAUGGCAUGUAUUAAUAAAUAAUUUUAUGUAGCAAUCAGAUUGAUAAACCUAAACAAUUUUACAAAUUUGAAUGAGC